AUGGCGUUCAAUUUGGGAUUUAUUGGCGGUGGAAAUAUGUCUACAGCUAUAGUUAGUGGGAUUAUAAAUAAAGAUGGACACCCUGCUGCAAAUAUUUGGGUUUCUGGCCCUCGUCUUGAAAAUCUUAAACACUGGCAAGAUAAAGGAGCAAACAUCACAAAUAAAAAUGGAGACAUUUUUAGCAGAUGUGAUUAUGUUUUUCUAGGUGUAAAACCUUUCUUAUUGGAGAAAUCUUUGAGGGGUAUUGUUGAGACACUGCCAGAAGGUGUUAGUAGGAACAAUGUGCUUAUUAUUUCUAUGUUGGCUGGAGUCACUAUUGAAAAAUUACAGCAGGUAAUCAAAAUGUACAAACUUCUAAAUGGCACCAAAGUAGUAAGAAUCAUGCCUAAUGUUCCUAUGGCAACGGGUUCCGGUGCAUGCUUGAUCACAUGUGGUGAUGGGGUCAAUGAUGAGCAAAAACUUCAAGUAACAAAAUUACUCAAAUUCUGUGGUCAUUGUGAAGAAGUACCAGAGCCCUUGAUGAAUAAUUUGGGUGUGUUGACAGCCUGUGGUCCAGCUUAUAUUUUCAUCAUCAUAGAAGCAUUAGCUGAUGGUGCUGUAAAACAGGGUGUACCAAGAGAUUUGGCUUUACGUUUUGCGGCUCAAAUGGUUAUGGGAAGUGCACAUUUAGUGCUUGGCUCUGGGAAACAUCCUGCUCAACUCAAAGAUGAAGUGUGUUCACCUGGUGGCACUACAAUUUGUGGAAUAAGUGUGCUUGAAGAUGGAAAAAUUAGAUCAACAUUGAUUAAUGCUGUAGAGGCAUCAGUUAACAAGACCAAGAGCUUCGAGACAGCUUGUUCACGUAAUUAA